UGUUUUGAAAACAGUUAUUAUGAAGAGGAUUCUGGUAGCAAUAUAUUUUGCUAUAGUGAGAAUGAUAAUCUCGAAAUUGGUAAAGUUGUUAAUGUUUUUGGUGAUGUUAAUAUCAAGAUGAUAGAAUAUAUCGAAGUUGUUAAUUACAAUAACAUUAAAAAUGUUUAUGAUG